UAGAGCUUCGUGCUGAUACAGAGGAACCCAGUAAACAUAAUGAAACAGAAUCAUAGUCGUAAUUCAUAAACAAAUUAUUUUCCUGAUAAUGUGUAAUCAAAGAGAUAAGAGAUAAGUGUACAGUAUAGCGAUUGAUCAUGCUGCGUCUAAAACCUUUAAUAAUAAUCACCUAUGUGGAAGUUUAAGAAAAAAAUGUCAUUUUUUUAAUAAAUGAUCGGAGUUCGAGAAAAACGAGAUGCAUAGAAGUGUCACUUUAUCGGAAAUAGUUUCGUCUACUUUUACGAACAACGCGGAAGAUAUUAACAACAGCAAAAACAGAAAGGAAAAAUUUGUCACGAAGAUCGGGAUAGGACUAAUAGAGCUUUUAACCUCUUCUUUGUACCAGUGUUACGGACUAAUUUUUACACAAUUGGUUGAAUUGGGCCAUUAUUCGAUAGAAAAAGCAUCAUGGACAACGUUUUUAUAUAUAGCAGCUUGGAACCUAACAGCACCAUGGUCAAAUUUUUUAAUAAAUCAGCUAGAUCAAAGGCAGUGCUUUCCGUACAAAAUAAUAAUAACAGUAUGUACUUUAUUACUGGCAGCCGGAGUCGUUAUUCCUCCUCAUUUUAUUAUAUAUGGAAUAUUUGGUGGCGCAUUUUCCAAUAUAAUCUACAAUCAUCUCAGGCAUAUAGCACGAAGAAGAUACAAGAGUACAGAAAGAUCAUUCGAAGGUAACAUACAGUCUGCUAGAGCGAUCAGCUUGUUGGUCAUGCCACAUGUUGUUCUGCUUCUUAUUGGUAAUUACAAAAUACAGUAUGUUUCUAUGAUUCACGCAGCUAUCAUUCUAAACAUCAUUCCUGCUACUCUGAUUAUAAGACUGCCCAAAGUUGAUCCUGAGAAUAUGCCUGGGUAUAACCGUUACCAAACUCUUCCAAUAUUUUCUCAGCAAAUGAAAGAAAUGAAAGUCUUCACUUCCUCCGGGAAUACUUCAGAUAUAAAGCGUAGCGAAUCUUUCUCUGUUAAAGAAGACAGUUCUUGCGAUGAAACAGAGAGCGAAGAAGACAAUGAUGAAUCGGAUGAUUUACUCAUGCAAGAAGAAAACAUGGCUUUUACCGAUAGAAUUACUGAGGGAUAUUUACCAACUUUAACACCAACUACUGUCCAGUUGUACUAUAGCAAUGCUGGCGUUAGUAUUUUACCGCAGAUACCUGAAGAAAUAGAUGAAGUUGAAGAAACAAACAUUAACGUUAUAGAUCCCAAGCGAUUAAGCAGAAUAAGUACUGCGUUGGAAGAAAUAAAUAGAACAGAAAGAAGAGAAAGUGUUAAAGAGGCUGUAGUUUUGACUGAAGUAGUUCUUAAGCCUGAACCCAUAAAUAAUAUUGAGUAUAUUCCAAAUUAUAAUGAAAAACAGAACAAAUUUUUAAAAGACGUUGAUUUGGUUAAGAAAAAAUCAUGUUGUGCUUGUUCUCCAUAUACAAUAUUUUUAUGGAGGAGGAGAUUCAGGUCAUUAAAGGACUUUUUUAUAGACUUUUUAUUUAAUCCGUUAUUUAGAAGCCUCAGCGAUUUGCAUUUUUACCCAAUAUUGUUUUCCAAAGUAUCCAUCGCUGUAAGUUAUAACUUUUUUAUAACUCUUACCCCGUACAUUUCGCUCCAGAAAAAUGAUGGUUAUAGAAAAGAAGAUAUGGCUGUUUUGUUGUCAUAUAUAGCUUUUUCUUGGUGCCUGUCACUUGUGCUGUUGCCUGUACUGAUUAAAUUUUCUGCUACCAAAUUGAGAGCAACGUUCAUAGUUGGACUGACAUUAUCUAGUUGCAGUAUGCUACUACUUACCAAAAGAAAAAUGUCGAACGACUUCAUAACCUGGAGUUGUUUGCUGUUUGGUUUUGGAUAUGGGUUGUCAAGAUUCUGUGAAAACAUAGUAUAUCGAGGCUUCGCUGGUAAAAGAAAAUAUGCCCAACUAGAAGCGCUUCUUAAUGGUUUUUCAGGCAUUUUUGUGAUAUUAGUUUAUUAUUUUAUUUAUAUUAAUGAUUGUGAUCUAGUCGCACUUUUUCCUUGGACUGCCGGUAUUUGUUAUUUUGUUAAUGCCGUAUUGUGGAUUACUGUACCUAUUUUUAAGAUUAUUAUUAUCUUUUUUAAAACGUAUUUCAAAAAAAGAACGGAUAGUUCCAGUAUUUUUUGAUAGAGAAUGCAAUAAAAUUAUUUAUAA